GGAAGGGAAGUAAACAAGACAAAAUAAACAACGGGAGCCAGAGAGAGAGAGAGAGAGAGAGAGAGGGCGGAACGUCGAUGAUAAAGAUGGAAAGCGAGAGGGGGAAGGAAGAAUGGUUUUGAAAGAUUUGAACCCACCACCACCUUGUUUAUUGUCUUCGUCCCAAUCCCUCCUCCCAAACUGUAAUUUGCUAAAAUUUCAUUCACCCGCCUCCCUCAAAUCCCCUCUCGAAACCCUGAACCUUACUUUUUCUCCUCCUCGAAUUGCCAUUUUCCAUUCUCCAGGAUGUAUUAGAAAAAUUUUGUGCCGGUCAAGGAGUACUGGAUUUGAUCCCGAUUGAGUUUGUUAUUGUCUACCUCAGCUGCAUAAUUUUGUGAUUAGGCAUUUAUGCCGUGGACACUCAGUAUGCACAGCUGAAUUUAGUUGACUGAAUUCUCAAAUAUCGUGAUGGAGCAGUCCGGUGUCCAUCACCAAUACGAUCCCAGGGAACAUGGACUGGAAGGUUUCCACCCUUCAUCCCAAGCAUUUACCGUGGACUCUACAAUCAGUGGACUUCCACACUUGAUACUGCACCCUGACCAAAAUCUGUCUGAAGUUAAACCCGUACGUAAUUUCUCAAUACAGACUGGGGAGGAAUUCGCCCUGGAAUUCAUGCGUGACCGAGUUAAUCCCAAGAAUUCUUUGUUCCCAAACAGCGGUGCUGAGCCCAACUAUGCAACAGGUUAUAUGGAACUGAAGGGCAUUCUAGGCAUAAGUCAUACAGGAUCAGAAAGUGGAUCCGAUAUAUCUAUGGUCACCAUUGUUGAGAAAGGUAAAGAAUUUGAGAGAGCAAACUCUUCUUUACUUGAAGACAGAAGCAUGUAUGGUUCAGUUCGGUCGAUACCACGGUCUCAUUCGGGCUAUGAUAGCAGAGGAACUCUAAAUGGUUAUCCAUCUUCUGGGGCUUCUGGUUCAUUGACCAAGAUGAGAGUCCUCUGUAGCUUUGGUGGUAAAAUCCUACCCCGGCCUAGUGAUGGAAAGCUAAGGUAUGUCGGAGGUGAGACACGGAUUAUACGCAUAAGUAGGGAUGUUUCUUUCCAAGAGCUGAGGCAUAAAACUUUGGCCGUUUAUAGCGAGGCUCAUGUGAUAAAGUACCAACUUCCUGGUGAAGAUCUUGAUGCAUUAGUUUCCGUUUCAUGCGACGAGGAUCUGCAGAAUAUGAUGGAGGAAUGGAGUGAGGUUGAGGAUAAAGAAGGGUCUCAGAAGCUAAGGAUGUUCUUGUUCUCCAUGAGUGAUUUGGAUGAGUCUCAGUUUGGGAUAGGAAGCACGGAAGGUGAGUCUGAGAUUCAAUUUGUGGUUGCUAUAAAUGGAAUGGACAUUGGAUCAAGAAAAGGUUCAGCUUUGCAAGGCUUGGGGAGCUCUUCUGGGAAUAAUUUAGACGAGCAGGAUAGGUUAAAUGGUGACGUGGAGGCUAAUAGAAGUGUUCCACCUAUCACAUCUUCUACGCCAGUAAUUCAAAGCUCUUCCCUUGAGUAUGAAGCUCCUCCUCAGUUUUAUCCUGUUCACAUGGCGAAUCAUGGAGAAAGCCAUAUGCCUUUGCACUAUCGAAAUGGUUCAUCUAAUUACUCUCAGUUUGGAGAAACUCCUUAUCCAAUGCCAUUCUAUGGAGUCUUGCCUAAUGCACAAGGAGGGGUGAAUGAAGGAUGGCCAUAUGGAAACUUUCAAGUGCCAAACUCACAUGUUCUAGUAAAUGAGGCGAAUAUGAAGCCUGAUGGCUAUAUUCAGCAGGACUCUGACUUGCUGCAAAGAACCUCUUACCCUGCUCCUGCCGAUGAAGCACAGGCUGCAGUGACUAAUAAUUUACAUUCUGUCAGUUCCAGAAAUGAGGGAGCGACACAGGAACCGGAAAACAAGGCUAGGGGUGAAGAUGUUCAAUGUCUUCCAACAUCUAGUGCUGCUGCUGGUGGUCCUUCUGUUUCGGAUCCUGUUGACUUGAGUUAUCUCGAGUCAACCAUUCCUCCACAAAGAGUGUACUUUUCUGAGAGACUACCGAGGGAACAAUCGGGCUUGUUCAGUAGGUUAUCUAAAUCUGAUGACUCCCUUGAUCCACAGAUUCUUGGUUCUCGUUCACGUCCUGGUAUUCCCGAGUAUGAUUCAGUUGCAGAAUCUGUUGAAAAGUUGGGUCAAAGUAAUCAAACUUCUCAUGAUGAACACUCCAAUGCUGAUGGGAAAACCCUGCACGUAGAAGAGCCUGGAAAUGGUAGGCUUCAGGAUUCUGAAGAUCUGUUGCAAAACAAAGAGGCUGUUACAGACGCCAAACAAGUGGAUAUUGUGGUCAAUAUUGAUGACAGAUUCCCUCAGGAUUUCCUUUCCGAGUUGUUUUCCAAUAAUACCCCUGGCAUUGCUCCAAUGCACAAAGAUGGAGCUGGUGGUGUGAGUGUGAACAUGGAGAAUCGUGAGCCUAGACGGUGGUCUUACUUCCAGAAGUUGGCACAAGAAGAAUUUAUUGUGACGGAUGUUUCCCUUAUGGACCAAGACCAUCUCCCUGCUCCAUCAACAAAAAUUGAAGGGGAAAAUAUCGAGUCUCGCCAGUUUGCACCUUUGACAGCAGAUGUUGUUUCAAUUGGGCAAGAUUACUCCCAACUUAAUUUUGGUGAAGAAAGUCGGAGUAAUUUGCCACCUAGGGUCACUGAAGCUUCUGAUAAUGUAUCGGACUAUGAUCAUCCCCAGGCGAAGGAAAUUGACAGUAUGCAGUUUGAGGCCAUGAUUGAGAAUCUAAAACCUGAAUCUGAAUACGAGGAUCUGAAUUUGGAAAACAAGGAUAUCGGUCUUCCUCCUGUGAACCCUUCUCUAGCGGAUAUCGAUUUUAGUUCUUUGCAGAUAAUAAAGAAUGAAGAUCUAGAAGAACUAAAAGAACUUGGUUCGGGUACUUUUGGGACAGUCUACCAUGGAAAAUGGAGAGGGAGUGAUGUUGCCAUUAAGAGACUGAAGAAAACCUGUUUCACGGGUCGCUCAUCAGAGCAACAAAGACUGACUCUAGAGUUCUGGCAUGAAGCCGAAAUUCUUUCGAAGCUGCAUCACCCAAAUGUGGUGGCAUUUUAUGGCGUCGUUCAAGAUGGUCCCGGGGGAACAUUAGCUACUGUGACCGAAUACAUGGUUGAUGGGUCUCUUAGGCAUGUUUUACUCCGAAAGGACAGGCAUCUAGACCGACGCAAGAGGCUUCUAAUUGCUAUGGAUGCUGCAUUUGGAAUGGAGUAUCUACACUCAAAGAACAUUGUGCAUUUUGAUCUCAAAUGUGACAACUUGCUAGUCAAUAUGAAAGAUCCACAACGACCAAUUUGCAAAGUUGGUGACUUUGGACUCUCGAAAAUCAAAAGAAACACCUUGGUCUCCGGAGGCGUGCGAGGGACUUUACCGUGGAUGGCCCCUGAACUGCUAAACGGCGGCAGCAAUAAGGUCUCCGAAAAGGUUGAUGUGUUCUCUUUUGGGAUUGUGUUAUGGGAGAUACUCACUGGAGAAGAGCCCUAUGCUAACAUGCAUUACGGUGCGAUCAUAGGAGGAAUUGUGAACAACACUCUAAGGCCAACGAUCCCGAGCUUCUGCGAUCCAGAAUGGAGGAGGUUGAUGGAGCUGUGUUGGGCACCAAAUCCUGCAGCAAGGCCCAACUUCACUGAGAUUGCUGGGCAGUUGAGAACAAUGUCAGCUGCAGCUGCUAGCCAAAGUAAAGGACAUGGACCACAUGGUGGUCACAAACCACCAAAGUAAAUGGGCAUGUCCCAUUUACUGUGUACUCCACUUUCAAGAAAAAAAAGGUUCCCCCUACUUUAUUAUUUUAGCUGUUAUGGUAAGGUGAUUGAUUUUGAGUUUGAUAGUCUGGUAAUGGAAGAGUAAAAGAGGGAGGACAGGGCUUCUUCCAUUGAUGUUUUUAAAAUGGAAUAGGAUGUUCUCCCUGACCUCCAGAAUUUGUCUAGAAAAAUGCAACCAGUUCAUUUCUAUUUAGUCCAACUUCUGAAAGCAAUAAUGCAGCAAACUCGCAUCAGUGGUUGAUUCAAGAUAUUUGGUUUAGGCUGAUUGUCACUAUGAGUUGUUGAUUCAAGAUAUUCAUCAUUCAUUCAUACCUCCAUUUGUA